AUGCCAGUCUGUCGAUUCAUCAUCGCGUCUCCCUUACCGACGUCCUCUAAUCCUAGCCCUAGGGCCGACACAUCUCCAGCCCCGCGCCGCUGGCAAACCCAACCCGUUCACGGAUCGCACCACGUGCUGGGGUUCCUCAUAACCAAAGAUAUUCUCAAUCGCCCCAUCUACGAUAAGUUCAUUCCACUCCCCGACAACCCCUCCGAGCGCGAGAGAGAAAGCUGCUUCCAGACGUUCCACGACUUCCUCCCGCAGUUCCUCCCGCGCGAGUACGGCCUGACCAAUCUGGAUAGCGUGCUCGUCUAUGUGGACAAGGAGCGCAUGAAGAUGGGCGCCGCGCUUGUGCUCGCGGAUAAUCGGGGUGCGCACUCGAAACAGCGCGAGCCGCCCCUGCCCGACGUGGUUGACAAGAUUGCGGACGACUUGGGGCUUGAAGGUGACGCCCGCGAACCUAUUUGGUACAAGUGUGUUUAUUAG